UGAACAGGGCCAUUAUUCGAUACUUCUAUAAAAGAACAGAAAGCCGAGAAAGAUUGAACUUUUAGUACUUUUUAUUAUAAAAUUAUUUAUUUAUCCGACUGUGGUGAUUCACUAAAGGAGAGAUAUAUGAUUGACCUGCAUGUUUGUACAUAUUUCAGUGCCCUCGUAGUUGCUAAUUCUAAAUGACUAAAAAUAUUUUCAUAAAUUGUACGUGUCUUUAUGUACCACUUGUAACGUACAUCAAAGUAAUAAAUAAAUCAUUAAAAUUGCGGAGUUUUGAUGAAAUAUUUUUUAAAAGUAUUUUCUUUCCAAUUUACAGAAAUGUAUCACAAUAUAAUAAUUAUAUUAUAAUUAAUCAAAAAAUGUUUUAUAUUACAUUACAAUAGGUUCAGCCGUUUUGUGAAAACCUCUAUAUGGGUCUUAGCGGUUUAUUGCUUUUAAUAAUUAAAAUCAGUUUUGCCGCCGGCAUUUAGGUUUUUUUCAUUGCAAUAAUUAAUCCUAUUCUAAUCUGUUAAAAUAGCCAUAUCCUGUUAAAAUCGCCUUAUAAUUAUUAAAACAAACAGGUUUUUCUUUACAGGUAGGUAACUGAUACAAAACAUGGCUGAAUCUAAGAAGAAAUGUCGACAGUACAGUGUUGAUUAUUUGAAAUUUGGUUUUCUUCCAUCAAAGGCAGACAAACGAUUGCCCAUAUGCUUUUUAUGCAACAAAGUUUUGAGCAAUGAUUCUAUGAAACCAUCGAAGCUCGAAGAUCAUCUAAGAAGGUGUCAUCCUGAUAAAAUAAGUAAAGAUUUAAAAUAUUUUCAAACAUUGAAGGAAAAAUAUGAAAAGAGACCCACCGUGCACAGUAUGUUCGCUUCAACGUCUCAAAGUAACGAUGAUGGCUUGCGGGCAUCUUACAAUAUCUCAUUGCUUAUAGCGAAAUCUGGAAAACCGCACACCAUCGGAGAACAGUUAAUUUUACCCGCUAUUGAAGAGGUUUUAAAAACUGUUCUGCACAAACCUCCAUUUGACGUACUCAAAAGAAUUCCUUUGAGUAACAACACUGUACAAAGACGUAUUGAUGAAAUGAGCUCUGAUAUUGAAAGCUUCUUGUGUAAUUAUCUGCAAACAACUCAUUUUUCUAUUCAACUGGACGAGUCAACUUUACCUGGUAAUGAAGCAUUAUUAUUGGCAUAUGUUCGAUUUGUUAUGGACGAAGAAAUCCAUGAAGAGCUGCUAUUCGCGAAAACUUUGGAGACGGACACUAAAGGCGAAUCAAUAUUUAAUGUCCUGAGUGAUUUUUUUAAGGAAAAGUCGAUUCCAUUUACAAACAUUAUUUCGGUGGCAGCAGAUGGAGCUCCUGCCAUGUUCGGGCGAUAUCGUGGGUUUAUAAGCCAUCUUAAAAGAAUUAUACCAGGAGUAACUGCAAUUCACUGUGUCAUCCACCGACAACACCUGGUAGCGAAAAAUUUGAGUGAUAGAUUGCACCAAUCGCUUCAAUUUGUGAUUAAAGCAGUUAACAAAAUAAGAAGCAAUGCAUUAAAUACUCGUUUAUUUGCACAAUUGUGCGACGAAAAUGAUGAAGACUUCCAACGAUUGCUCUUACAUACUGAAGUACGCUGGUUGUCGAAAGGUGCAUGUUUAACAAGAUUUUACUCACUUUUUGAAUCAGUUUUAGAGUUUCUGGAAAGUAAAGAUCCAGAUUUAAAAGAAAACCUGAUCAAAUUGAAAGCAGACAUCGCGUAUUUGACAGAUUUGUUCAAAAAAUUUAAUGACAUUAACUUACAGUUACAAGGGGACAGCCUAAAUUUAAUAAAAACAAAGGGUGUAAUUUCGGCUUUUCUUGGAAAAUUGAAAUUUAUGAAGCAAAAUAUUAGUCGGCGCGAAUUCUCCCAGUUUCCAAACUUGUCACAGGCAGAAUGUCUUGAUGAGGAUAUACAGACAUACGUUCAACAUUUAAAUGCCCUGCAUAAUGACUUCAAAAAUAGAUUUGAAGAUAUUCUGACGAUGGAAAUACCACCAUGGAUCAUAAAUCCAUUUGAUGAAACGGAAGUGGCGAAUGUGGUAUUACAAGAGGAGCUACUCGAGCUUAGCACCAAUGAGGAGCUGAAGGUGAAAUUUAAAAAAGGCUAUCAAACAUUUUGGCUGCAGGCAGAAAUACCCGAAAAAUAUCCUGGGCUAUGGGAAAUUGCGAGAAAACUUUUGAUAGCGUUUCCCUCGUCAUACCUUGUCGAAAAAAGUUUUAGUGUCGUUACAAACCUAUUAACAAAAAAAAGGAGCAGAUUGAACAUCACAGAACGGGGAGAUUUGCGGUUAUUCCUUACAAAACUGAAGCCAAAUAUUGAUAAUUUGCUGUCAAUCCAUCAAGUACAUCCCUCCCAUUAAAAUUAUGACUAUAUUUUUUUAAUUGUUGAUUUGCAUUGUUGAAGUUACGUUACGUUAUUAAUGUUUAAUUUUAAUUCUAUUAAGUCUGUAAUCAUAUUAUUUUAAUAAAUAGAACACAAGAAAAUAUAAUAUUUUUCUUUUUAUUUUUAUCACUCCGAAUUUAGGGUUUGAACUCAGCCGCGACGCAAAUUUCCAUCGUUAGACCUAAUCUUUACAUUUUUUGACGAGUUUUGAAAAUAUGGUAGAAAUAUAGCAGCAGGGGAUCCACCGAAACCAGUAAAA